CAAUUUAGGAAUUUGGCCUACGAUUUACCUCAGACUCGUGAAUCGCAAACUCCACCCACCGUAAAAAAAAAAAAAAAAAAAAGUAAAAAAGGAAAAAUUUCAAGUCACGUUGUAGUGGCUCACGUUCCGGCGAUUUCCCUCCAAAACCCCAACCCCAGCCCGCCGGUCAGGCCAACAAGGGCGUCCUUAUGGCGCUCAGCCAGUGGAUAGACGGCGAUGAGAGCGCCUCGGAGAUGCUUGGCAGAGUUCUCAAAGAGCGAACCUCCUUGGUUGUUCCGCCUCUCCACAGAGUUCCUCUCCGUGUUGGCAAUGUGGUCGAACUUGUUGGACCUUCUGGUUCUGCCAAAACACAGAUCUUAAUCCAGGCUGCAGUUAAUUGCAUUCUUCCCAAGGAGUGGAAUGGGAUCCACUACGGAGGCUUGGGAUGCUCUGCGGUGUUCAUUGACUUGGAUUGUCGUCUUGACAUCACAAGGCUGCUCCAAGUUCUGAAGCUUCGAAUUUUGGAAGCCAUUAGCAAUGGAUCCUUAAAUACAGGAGAUGGGGAAAAUUUUGAUGCAUUAUAUGCUACAUGCUUGAGAAGAUUCUUUUACAUCCGUUGCUAUGACAGUUUUGAAUUUCUUGCCACUCUCAAGACCAUGCAUCAUAAACUUCAAAAAGAAAGAGACGGCCUUGGAGUUGGGUUACAUCUACUUGUGAUCGACAGUAUUGGAGCUUAUCAUUGGGUCGAUCGUAUCUCAUCAUCCUUGCCUCCAUGGGGUCACAACAGGAAAGGCUUUUCUCUUGCAAAUGUGCUAGAAGCUGCAGUAGAAGAGGUUAGAAAGCUUUUACUGGUGCAUCCGAGUAUUGUUAUUGCUUCAAGAGCAACCAUUUUUGGGUAUAGAUCUUCCAACGUAGUUAGACGUGAUAAAUCUUUAUCAGAGUCAGAAUUAAGGCAUGGGAAACCCGAUGGUGGACUAGGUUUGUACCGAGAGUAUAUGCCUUCUGCAUGGCAGUCUUUUGUCACGCACAGAGUUUUUGUUCGAGACUCAGACGAACAUCUUGCAUUUAGCAGUUGUGAGCAUCAACCAACAUAUUCUUCUGAAUGGCUGCUACCAUCCCUAGGUUUCGUCGAUAAAUUUAUUGUGACAAAUGCUGGCGUCUUUUCAGUACCGUGAACAUUUGUUUCUAUUUGCUAUGGCCCAUUUCUUGGACAUGUUCUGUUUGUUCCAGGAUUUGUUUUAAAAAUAUUAUUAUUGGCUGAAUGAUGUAUGUUACUUGUCUUAGUUUUUGUAUUAUUGUUUCAUUCCUGUGAUUUGGGUCUCGUUUGACAGCUAAAAGAAGCCACUGUCAUUGUAGUUGACGUGUUUUUUUUUUAUUAUCAACUAUCUAAAAGCUAACAACUCUUACAAAAA